AGUGCUAGUACUGCCCGGAGUAUACGAUACAGCAGCAAUAAAAGAUGACAGAGCUCGCUUUACAUACAAAAUUCCUCACACCAUACAUUCAUUAGCGCCUGUCCUUUGCUUCCUCCUUGACAAAAAAAGUGUACACAAAACAAAGAAUCUAUUCUUCUUCUACUCCCAUCUAUGACCCUUACCAAAACUAAACCAAAACACAAACUAUCCAUCAAUCAGAUCUGAAAUCGCAACUGCAAUUCACAAUCACAUUCAUUCAAGAUCCAUAGAUGGCCACACUCCAGAAAUUCAAGCUGCUAGCCACCCAAUGCUCCAUCCCCAACAGCCCAACACGAAGCCCAACCACCAGCCCAAUCAUCCACCUCCGCCGCCGCAAGACUCUCCGCAUGCUCCUCACUCGCGGCGCCACCGACGUCUGCAAUAGACUGCCUCCGCCGAAUCAAAAACCUGAGUCGCCGGAGAAGAGUGGGAAAAAUAAUAAGCUCAAGGAUUUGUUUGUGUCUUCGUCUCCGUCUCCGCCGAGAUCUGAGGAGGAGUUGGGUGAUCGGGGGAGUGAUGAAGCGGGGUGGAGACGGGGCGGUGUUCGGGCGGUGCGGCCGUGGUCGGUGGCGCUGCGGCAGCGCUUGCUUAGGAAGGCUUGGCGACCGGUGCUUGUUACCAUACAUGAGUGAAUAGUAGGACUACACUUUCUGUUUUGCGUAUUUGUACGGAUGAUUAAUACUAUUAAUUAUUAAUAAUUUUGUCAUUUAUUUUUUAA